GUUGUAAACGCAGGAUGAAGGUUAUUUUUGUUUGAACUAUAUCUAUUUUAAAAAUUAUAAUCUGAAAAUAUAAGUAUCAUUUUAAUAUUUUGUACAUACGUUCAGCGUUACAAUAAUAACCUGAAUUAUUUUAUUGACUCGCGUUUUUAACGGCUAUUAUCAUGAAACCUGGCACGAAGGUUUCUGCCGCCAAAACCGUUACUCCUGAGCAGGAUAAGGUUAGAAAGUCUUUGCACGUUUUGCAGCCAGCAGCAACUGAUAAAGAAAAUUUAGUUGGUGGUGGGAGGAGGAUGCUUAGAUCUGCUCUUCCAGCAAAGGAAACAAUAAAAAGUGAAGUGAAAGAAAAACCAAAAAUUGAUGAAAAGCCAAAACGUAAGAAAAUAGUUUUAAAAGAUAAAGCUGUACAAACUACAAGAGGAGGAAAAAUAAAAAUUGAAGUUGAAGAUUUGACAUCUGAAGCUGGCCUUAGUGAAAAUUAUUGGGAAGUAUUAGCUGAAAGACGACGGAUAGCACUUGAAGAUGCUUUAAGCAUCUUCGAAGAUAACAGAGAAUUGACUGAACGCGUUGAAACAUUAGAAGAAGAAAAUCGUAUUUAUAAAGAAAUGUUAGAUGAAUCUAGAGCACUGGUUGAAGUUUCACAGGAAAUGAUUGGAGAAGAUAGAAAUGAUAUAAAUAAUUCCCUAGAAGAUACCAUUUAAUAUUUUAUUUAAUUUAAUAUUAUGCAAUCAAAUAGCAAUUAGUGCCUUAACUCUUGAUUCUUCAAACAUUAAAGAUCGUUACGGAAUUACCAGCUUGGCCUUUACAUCAAGGAGAAGCCAUUUGUUGCUCACUUUGUUUAACAGUUAUUACCAGCGGCAGAGUAAUAUAUAACGAGAAUAAUUAUCACGUUACUUGUGCAAAUCUAUGGCUUAAUUGUGUAAAUAGUAAUUUGCCCGUGAUGCGGCAUCCCGUUUAUUCUCAUUCGAACACAUGUCCAGGUAACAAUCAUAUUUGAUAUUGAUCUGUAGAGAAAAAAGACAAAAAAUUGCGUUCAAAAAUUU